AUGGAGUCUCAAGCACCACCUUCCAAAAUUGCCCGUCUUUCAAAAUCUAGGACUGGACUAGCAAACGGUUGGAACAUGGAGAGAAAUAGGCGCGAUGGUAAUUCUGGGUCACCUCCGAUUGGCCUAGGACUUGAGCUGGGACGUGGUGAAUCUAGUCAAAGACCAAUAACUGGCUGCAAAAAAACUUACGGGUUCACCGUUCUUCAACUGCAGGAGCUACAACUGCAGUCUCUUAUCUACAAGUAUAUCCAAGCUGGAUUUCCUGUACCUUACCAUUUUAUUUUACCAAUAUGGAAAAGUGUUGUUUCUUCCCUUGGUAGCCUCAGUUCAAGCUUGUACCAACUCUACCCUAGUUUUCUGGGGUGCAACCCAUUAUAUUUGGAAUAUAAGAAUGGAAGGGAGCCUGAGCCCGGGAGAUGUAGGAGAACGGAUGGAAAGAAAUGGAGGUGUAGCAAAGAGGCUCUCCCAGAUCAAAAGUACUGUGACAGACACAUACACAGAGGACGCCAGCGUUCAAGAAAGCAUGUGGAAGCUGCUUCUCAUGGUAAUACCAGCACCAACCUCUCCAUUUCCCUCCCUGGAAUCAAUAAUGCUAGCGCCUAG